CUGAAGAAACUGUGUUCCCCCUCGGGUUUCUAUAGAACAAGGAUAGAAUUCGAUUCCGAUAUCAAAAUGCAGUAUUCGCACCACUGUGAGCACCUUUUAGAGAGACUGAACAAACAACGGGAAGCAGGUUUUCUUUGUGACUGCACCAUAGUCAUUGGGGAAUUCCAGUUUAAAGCUCACAGGAAUGUGCUUGCCUCGUUUAGUGAAUAUUUUGGUGCAAUCUACAGGAGCACUUCUGAGAACAAUGUCUUUCUUGAUCAGAGUCAGGUGAAGGCUGAUGGAUUUCAGAAACUGUUGGAGUUUAUAUACACAGGAACUUUAAAUCUUGACAGUUGGAAUGUUAAAGAAAUCCAUCAGGCUGCUGACUAUCUCAAAGUGGAAGAGGUGGUCACUAAAUGUAAAAUAAAGAUGGAAGAUUUUGCUUUUAUUGCUAAUCCCUCUUCUACAGAGAUAUCUAGUAUUACUGGAAACAUUGAGGUGAAUCAACAGACUUGUCUCCUGACUCUGCGAGAUUAUAACAGUCGGGAGAAAUCAGAAGUGUCUACAGAUUUAGUUCAGGCAAAUCCUAAGCAAGGAGCUUUAGCAAAGAAGUCAUCUCAAACUAAAAAGAAGAAGAAGGCCUUCAAUUCCCAGAAAACAGGGCAGAAUAAAACAGUGCAAUAUCCCAGUGACAUUUUAGAGAAUGCGUCUGUUGAAUUAUUUCUCGAUGCAAAUAAGUUGUCCACACCUAUAAUAGAACAAGUUGCACAAAGAAGUAAUUCAGAACUUGAGUUGACAUCAGUUGUGGAAAAUACUUUCCCAGCACAAGAUAUUGUGCAGACUGUUACAGUGAAACGGAAACGUGGAAAAUCACAGCCAAACUGUGCUCUGAAAGAACACUCUAUGUCUAAUAUAGCCAGUGUCAAGAACUCUUAUGAACUGGAAAGCUCUGGAGAAGAGCUGGAUCAGAGGUAUUCCAAGGCCAAACCAAUGUGUAACACAUGUGGGAAAGUGUUCUCAGAAGCCAGCAGCUUGAGAAGGCACAUGAGAAUACAUAAAGGAGUCAAACCUUAUGUCUGCCACUUGUGUGGAAAGGCAUUUACCCAGUGUAACCAGCUGAAAACUCAUGUAAGAACUCAUACAGGUGAGAAGCCAUACAAAUGUGAAUUAUGUGAUAAAGGAUUUGCUCAGAAAUGCCAGCUAGUCUUCCAUAGUCGCAUGCAUCAUGGUGAGGAAAAACCCUAUAAAUGUGAUGUAUGCAAUUUACAAUUUGCAACUUCUAGCAAUCUCAAGAUUCAUGCAAGGAAGCAUAGUGGAGAGAAGCCAUAUGUCUGUGAUAGGUGUGGACAGCGAUUUGCCCAAGCCAGCACAUUGACCUACCAUGUUCGAAGGCAUACAGGAGAAAAGCCUUAUGUGUGUGAUACCUGUGGGAAGGCAUUUGCUGUCUCUAGUUCUCUUAUCACUCAUUCUCGGAAACAUACAGGAGAAAGACCAUUUAUCUGCGAAUUAUGUGGAAAUUCUUACACAGAUAUUAAAAAUUUAAAGAAGCACAAAACAAAAGUACAUUCUGGUGCUGAUAAAAUUCUAGAUUCCAGUAUAGAGGACCAUCCCUUGAGUGAACAAGACUCCAUGCAAAAAAGUCCUCUGUCAGAAACUCUGGACGUGAAACCUUCUGAUGUGACUUUGCCACUGACUCUCCCACUGGGGGCUGAGGACCACCACCUGCUGCUGCCUGUCACAGACAGCCAGUCCCCUGCGCCAGACGCAUUGCUGAGGCCGGCCGUGAACGGGUAUUCAGAGCCACAGUUGAUUUUUUUACAACAGCUAUAUUGACUUUGUGAGGAAUAUGGAAUUGCUAAGACGUCUCUGGUAGUAAACAUAAACAUCGCUGGUAAGGUGCAUAUAUUCAUAUUAAAUUGACCAUUCAUUUGAGUUGUGACCAUUAUUUUCAUUCACCGAAGUA